AGGAGGAUAUUUAUUCUGCUUUAAGAACCCUUUGGGGUUUGGGGGUGAGCCAGGAGCAUCCAGACAAGCUGCUGAGGACCAGUCGAUGUGCUUUUUUUUUAACUCCCUUGUUCCUUUGGUUCUUCAGGCUCAUUGCUUGUUACACCCUCAAUCCACCUUGGAGGUAGAUGCCAGUCAUCAAACGUGAUGGUGCUGACAGCUAUGUGUCACACAGAGCAGAGCCAUUCAUAUGUAACAAGAGGUCAACCAAAAGACAGAAGUGAAAGUGGUGGCAAUGAUAAUUGGGUUGCUUGGAAUGCUAAAUAAAUAUUAUGGAUCCUCAAGAUCAAAGGAGAAAAAUCAAGAUUAUAUCUCUGGUGUGAGGGCGAGGAUAAAGAAGAAAUUUAAACAGACGAAAACCACCUGUACAACGUCAAUCAGUUCUCCAGGGACAGAGAGAAGGAUGAGCAAGGCUGCCUUCACCAGGAAGAAAUCCAGUGCGUCACACACAGCAAAUUCUCCAUCUAAAAUGAGUCAGACAGGAAGGAUACGAAAUCCAGACCUAAGACGGUACUAUUCCAUGGAUUCGUUGCCAGAUAAAAAGGCAGAGAAGAGUGGCAGAAGACUGAUUCACAAGAAACCUGAAGGCACCAUUGAAUACACGGCAGCAGUUGACGAUUCCCUCUGCAGCAUAGCCUUGAAGUUCAACACUACUCCAAAUCAACUGGCUCAGUUAAACAAGCUUUACUCCCACAGCAUUGUCCCCGGGCAGAGAAUAUAUGUACUGGAUCCAGGCAUCUCCCGCAGUGAUCACAGCCCCAUGUCCUCAAGUCACAGCCAGUCACUGAGUCUGUCAGAUGCAGAGUAUGACAAACUUCUGGAUGCCGAUUCUGUGAAAAUGUCCACUGUGCAGCAAUGCAGCUCAGAACCAUCCACAGAACACUCUUCGUUCCCCACCCAAGACACAAACUCCCUUUCUGAAAGAUUUCUCAAAAUCUGUUGCAAAUAUUUCACAGAUAGAAAGGGAGUUGUGAAAGGCGUCCUCCUUGUUACUCCAAAAAAGAUCCUGUUCGACCCGUAUAAAUCCCACCCAUUGGUUAAGGAAAAUGGCUGUGAGGAUUACUUCUUUGCCUGCAGCAUGGCAUCGAUCAUUUCGGCCAAUUGCCACACAGAUGUCUCCCGCAUGAAGUUCAGGGUCUCCUCACCCUUACGGAAAGUUACUGUUGAGACAAAUUCCAGUCAAUACAAACCAACAGGAAGAAAUAUUGCCAACACUGUCCAAAGGAAGGCUCGUCGUUUCAACACUCCCAUUCAGAUCAAAGCCAAACCUCAAUGUGCAGAGAUGAACGAGGCCCAUUUAUUUCCCGGCAGUAAAGAAACACCUCUGGCAAAAAUCAUUGGGGUCUCCUACUCUUGUCCCGAUUCUCUGUGUCAGGCUAAUGAGAAAUCGUUGGAUGAAAUAGCGGUAUUGCAGGACUGCGUGAUGUGUUUGGAUCUGGAAGAAAAUGGUACGAUUGGAAAUAAGGAAAUACUGCCCUUUGACGGCAAAGUGAAAUGCGGGGGAGAUAAUUUAAUAUCACAAAAUGGACUCUGUUCUACAAGGCAAAAAAAUCCAGAAGACAACACAAGUCAUGGCCACCAAUGUAUUCUGUCCAGUAAACUAAGAAAGGAGGGUUUGUAUGAACAAAAGGAAUUAGAGAUCCUCUGUGAUUCAGUUAACAGUGCAGAUAACAAAGACGGUUCUUUUUGGGAAAUACGUCUAUCAGAUGAAGAGCAUGCCAGUGUCCUUUCAGCUCGUGAUUCAGAACAUGAUCUGGAAAAGACUAAAGAAGAACUAUUUCACACCGAACUUUCAAGUCGUGGACUAAAGGUUCAAGAUGUCUGCUCUUUAAUGAACAGUUCCAGAGCAAAGGAUCAGUUAACAGCUUAUCAAUACAGCAAACAGGACAGUGGAGGGGAUUUCGAGUUACCUACUUUGAAGGAAAAGCGUGGAUUAACACAAGAACUCCAAGAUGCUAAAGAGGAUGAAGUGAAGUUGCGGAUGAUGUUUUUAUGCCUAAAGGUUCGAGUUCCCUUGAGAAGAAGCAGCUUGGUUCAGUUUGGAGUGCCCGUCCCUCGCAAUAGAUGCCAGCAGAGAUCUGAGGAGUUCUGGUUUGCAAUGUCUCAGGAAAAGGUGGACGAGUUGCAUCAAUACCUGAAACAGUGGAGACCUGAGAUUUAUUCACUUGAAAGAAUGGAUGAUGCCCAAGUGGACGAUUUUGUGCUGCUGGAGAGAAAGUGCGGGUUCUCUUUGCCCGAGAAUGUCCUCGAUGGUUUGUUCGAAGAUUGGGAGAUUAUAACUGUAGAGGAUAACCCAUUGAACCAGUAUGAUAUCUUCGAGACAGAGUUUGGUUAUGUUGAACCAGUGCUGGAGGGGAGCAGCAACUUGAUGGAAACGUUUCAUAUUGAGAAGAUUUCAAGGCAUCUGCCACCCAGAACAGUGGGGCAUCCUUGGCGACUGGCAUACAACACAUCUCUGCAUGGCUUUAGUCUGAAAACCCUUUACCGAAAAGUGGCCAAAGUUGACUCGCCAGUGCUGCUGAUUUUAAAGGACACACAUAGUCAGGUGUUCGGUGCUUUGACCUCACACCCCCCGAAGUCGAGUGAUCUUUUCUUUGGGACGGGAGAAACAUUUCUCUUCACCUUUAAUCCUGAUUUUAAGAUCUUCCCCUGGACUGGGGAGAAUUCGUUCUUUAUAAAAGGAGGUUUGGAUUCUCUAGCAAUAGGAGGAGGGAGUGGCCGCUUCGGGUUGUGGCUGGAUGAAGAUCUCAACAGGGGCCGAAGCAAUUCCUGCCCGACCUUCAAUAACUCCAUUCUGUCCAAAGUCGAAGAUUUUAACGUGCGGGACCUCGAAGUCUGGACAUUUCGCUAAGCUUGCACUGCAAGACCUGGAACAGGGCUGCAGCGCCGACUGCCGACGUGCGUCGCUGAAAACAUUGAUAAAUUCAUGAAACGAGUUCCUGCUUCGUAUUAUUUUUUUUAAAGCAAAUAAAAGUACCGAAAGGACAUUUGGACGCGCACCUCUUUAGACCGGGUUCAGCAGCAUGGCUGCAGUCACACAGGAGGUUUGGCUUCCAGCGAUGGAGAUGAUGCAGACAGAGGAGGAAAUGUCGAUCAAUUCCUCGUGUGGAAGAGGGGGGGGAGCUUUUGCUUCUGAAUCCGGUUAGCACCUCAAGAGUUUCGUUAAGCCACGUGGAGCUCGCAUCGAGAGAACAAUCAGGACCUGUCCUGUUUCGAUGGGCUCACUGCAACAAUGCUGAUGUGUUGUGCCGUGCAUUUGAAACAGCUUGCAGUCGGAAACACCCGCAAAUUCUUGGUGUCCUGUUGGAAUAAAUCACCACCUGACAAUGAAGGCUGCAGCUCAUACCUAACCAAUUCUUGGCAAAAGCUGGAAUACAAAUGACUCUUUACUAAAUGGCUACUUGCUUUUUACUUGGUUGCUCUGUAAUCUUGUUACAUGCAAGUCUGGUUUAAUAUUUUGUGUGUGUGUGUGUGUGGUCUGUCUGAAAUUGCCACAUGUAAUGGGAUUUGAUUGCACAGUUAGUUAUUAAUAUUAAAGUAUCUUAAUCUGAA